AUGUCCAAAGCAGUCACCGUCCUGAGUCAUGCCUUUCCCAACACACAGCUUGUGGUGCGGAACACAACUGAGUUUGACGAAUUGAAUGGUUCAUACCUCUCAGCCUUGGAAAGCGAUAUCACACCAGUCUGCAUUUUCCUACCCAAGACCAAAGAAGAGGUUGCAGCUUUCGUCCACAUAGUUAGACCAUUUGUGGCGAGCGGUAAUCUUUCAUUUGCUAUUCGUGGUGCUGGACAGGUACCACUUCCAGGCAGUGCCAACAUCGAGAAUGGCAUUACUCUUGACCUCAGAAAUCUGACUGGAGUGGAGUGUAAAGAUGGCAUCGUCUCAAUCGCGGCAGGUGAGCGAUGGAGAACGGUUUACCAGAAGCUAGCAGCUGAGGGACUUGGUGUGACUGGAAGCCGAUCCGGAAAUGGUGGUAUUGGAGGCUUGGCCUUGGAAGGUGGUCUUUCCUUUUUUUCCUCUCGCGAAGGCUUUGUGAGCGACAAUGUCGUCAAUUAUGAAGUUGUUUUAGCGUCUGGCGAAAUUGUAAAUGCCAACGCUUCUGAGAAUUUCGAUCUCUGGAUUGCGCUUCGAGGCGGCUCGAACAACUUCGGUAUCGUUACGAGAUUUGAUAUGAAGACAUUUCAACAAGGACCGUUCUGGGGCGGCAGUGUAUACUAUUUUCCGGCGAGCUUCCCCGGCCAAAUCGAGGCUCUAGUCAACGAGAUCAAGAAACCAAAUGCUUCAGUGGAGACACAGCUCAUUAGCAUUGGCUAUGCUGCCGCUUUCGGUAUGAUCGCAUGUCAAAAUCAAAUAUACUACACGAAGGAAGCCACCGAAACUCCUCCUGUUCUUGAACCAUUCGCCGCAAUCCAGCCACAGAUUGAUGCGCUGAACAGUUUGCGCAUAUUGAAUCUGACAUCUGCUGCUUCGGAGCAAGCUGCUGAUGGUCAAACAAGCCAAAGAGUGUCAUAUAUGAACACAGUGAUCAGAGCAGAUAAUGCCACCCUUCAAGAAGCAUCCACGAUCUACACCACUGCACUCUCGAACAUCACGUCCAUCGCGGGACUCAUCGGCUCUCUAACUCUCCAGCCAUACCCUGUAUCCUUGCUCCAAAAGUCCGUCGCGGAUGGUGGAAACUCAUUGGGAUUGUCUCCCUCCGAUGGACCACUAGUUUCGAUUCUGCUUCUCACAACCUGGCAGAACAAGAGUGAUGAUGAAACGAUUUUCAAAACAAUGAGAGGCGCAUUGGAAAACAUCAAAGCGGCAGCGGUUGCGAAGAAUUCGUCGGUUGAUUAUGUGUUCAUGAACUACGCCGCUAGUUUUCAAGACCCCAUUUCAUCAUACGGUGUUGAGAACAAAAGAAAAUUGCAAAACGUGAGCAAGAAGUAUGAUCCAGAGGGAUUAUUCCAGAAGGGCGUCCCGGGAGGUUUUAAGCUCUUCGUUUGA